AGCGGCGGCCAUUACACGGUCUGGUGCGAGGGAGAGAGCGGCAGAGCUGCUGCUGCGGAGAGCCCCGCUCCGGCCGCGGGACUCGCAGCGCUCCGGGCCGCUCCCGCACUUCCUGCGCGUUCUGCCGCGUCCUAGCCACCGCCGCUGCCGCUGUUGGGAGCGGGUCGCGGGCGCCUCCGGGGCGGUGCGGCAGGAGGCGGCGAGGAGGGGGCGAGCGAGCGGGCGUGCGGGAUGGAGGAGAAGGUCUUCACCAAGGAGCUCGACCAGUGGGUGGAGCAGCUCAACGAGUGCAAGCAGCUCUCCGAGGGGCAGGUGAAGAGCCUCUGCGAGAAGGCUAAAGAAAUUUUGACAAAGGAAUCUAAUGUACAAGAAGUGCGAUGUCCAGUCACAGUCUGUGGAGAUGUCCAUGGACAAUUUCACGACCUCAUGGAACUUUUCAGAAUUGGAGGCAAAUCACCAGACACAAAUUAUUUGUUUAUGGGGGACUAUGUUGACAGAGGCUAUUAUUCAGUUGAAACAGUCACAUUGCUUGUAGCUCUUAAGGUCCGUUAUCGUGAACGUAUCACAAUUCUUCGAGGGAACCAUGAAAGCAGGCAAAUCACACAAGUAUAUGGCUUCUAUGAUGAAUGUUUAAGGAAAUAUGGAAAUGCAAAUGUUUGGAAAUACUUCACAGACCUUUUUGAUUACCUUCCUCUAACUGCCUUGGUGGAUGGCCAGAUUUUCUGUCUACAUGGUGGUCUCUCUCCAUCAAUAGAUACACUGGAUCACAUCAGAGCACUUGAUCGCUUGCAGGAAGUUCCCCAUGAGGGUCCAAUGUGUGACUUGCUAUGGUCAGAUCCAGAUGAUCGUGGUGGCUGGGGAAUUUCUCCUCGAGGUGCAGGUUAUACAUUUGGACAGGAUAUUUCAGAAACCUUUAACCAUGCUAAUGGCCUUACGUUGGUUUCAAGAGCUCAUCAGUUGGUAAUGGAGGGGUACAACUGGUGCCAUGAUCGGAAUGUAGUAACAAUUUUCAGUGCUCCAAACUAUUGUUACCGUUGUGGCAAUCAGGCUGCAAUUAUGGAACUUGAUGAUACUCUAAAAUACUCCUUUUUGCAGUUUGAUCCAGCACCACGUAGAGGUGAACCGCAUGUUACUCGUCGCACCCCAGACUACUUCCUGUAAAGAGAUUUUAGACCUGUACAGUAUUGCCAUGAACCAUAUGUUGACCUAAAGAAAAUGGGAAGAGCAACAGUAACUCCAAAGUGUCAGAAAAUAUUUAACAUUCAAACUCGUUUUCACAUGGACCAAAAGACGUGCCAUAUUCAAAUACAAAGCCUCUUGUCGUCAACAACUGUGACCACUUUAGAAUGAACCAGUUCAUUGCAUGCUGAAGCAACAUUGUUGGUCAAGAAACCAGUUUCUGGCAUAGCGCUAUUUGUAGUUACUUUUGCUUUCUCUGAGAGACUGCAAAUAAUAAGAUGUAGACAUUAACACCUCGUGAAUACAUUUAACUUUCCAUUUAGCUAUAGCUUUAUUCAGCAUGACUGUAGAUAAGGAUAGCAGCAAACAAUCAUUGAAGCUUAAAGAACAUUUUUAAAAUAAGUACCAAGGCCUCAUAUUUGUUCUGAAACUGUUUGUUUUAUUUUCAGGGAAUACUGUUUAAUUUAAUUGUAUUGAUUUUUUUUUUUUUGGUCUGCACUCAGUUCCCUUUCCCACUCUCUGCCCUACCAUAUUGUCCUUUGUAAUUGUCGAGCAUAGUGAAUUACUUUGAACAGAACUGUUUUUUUCUGUAAAACAAUGUUACUGCAGGAGAGAGCUGCAGUGUUUUUCAUAAUAAACUUGUGAACUAAGUAUGGAAAAA